GGGAAUGGGGCAAAGGGGUUAUACUAUGUAGGUAUGUAGGUUAACCAGAUAAGGCCGAUAAGCUACGUAAAGCUGCAGGUUCCGGAGGUUGCAGCCAAGUUUUAAUCCUGGGAACCUAACCGCGAUGUAUGAUGUCAUUGCUAUAGAGACGUGUAUUAGGUACUUAACCUAGGUACCUAGGGCCCUAUAGCUCCUUGCCAAAACAUCUUUUUAUAUUCUAAAGAUGCCCCGAGUCACGACUGGUUUUCGCAUACGAAACUUUCCUUGGCGCGUUAUGACCGUCCCCAAAAGACUAUAAUGUCUAAUGAGCCUCAGGUUCAAUUCCCCGACUUGGAUCGAUCAACGACAGUGAUAACAUCUCCGGAGUCAUUGUCGUCCCACCAGCAGCAUGAAUACCAGCAAAGUGGGCGACGUCGUUCGAGUUCAGACCCCACGGGCGAGGGUCGCCAACGGCCGGGUUUGGCGGUGAUACGACCUCGUAGGGGAACGAAUGGUUCGCGUAUGCCGCCUAUCGCUGAAAUUGUAAGGCCGACUAGUACAGCUCUCUUUCAUACGCCAAGAGGACGGACUGAACUUGACGAAAACGUUGCCGAUAUACUCGAUGUGAUAGAUCCCGAAGUAUCUACGUUCAACAACGUGACAAACAUACAGAACUCUCUUUUUGUUCCUUCCCUUGGUAGAUUUAUCAACCGGCGGCCAACCUACCAGCUUUCUAUAGCACCCGAAAAUGGAACUAUAAAAGAAGAAAGGGCUGCGGAGGAGGAUGAGGAGAGAGUUAACUUCGAACAUGCGGUUCUUCCCGACGGCGUAUUAUUAGAUGGGUGGACUGAUGAGGAAAAGGAUGAGCUCAAUGAUUAUGUGCGACACAUGUUGCAUUCACGACGUUCCAAGUUUAAGCGCAGCAUGAAGGCCUUUGGACAGUACGUCAGGAAACCUCUCGGCUUUCUGGUGACGUUAUAUGCGACGCUCAUCACUCUUUUCGGCCUGGCUUGGGUACUGUUCUUGAUUGGUUGGAUCUAUGUUGGGGAGGAGCAGGUUUACGCCAUCAAUAUUAUCGACUACGUCUUGGUCGCUCUCUUCGGAAUCGUCGGCGACGGUCUAGCACCUUUUCGCGCUGUCGACACUUAUCACAUGGCCUACAUAGCCCACUACCAUCGCUUGACGUGGAAGCUCCGUAGGAAGAAGCGCAUGGGAAAGCUACGCGACAAGAACGACUUACCGACGAACUCGGACCUCGAGGCGGCGCGCGACGAGUUAUCGGUGCUGACGCCGCAGCAGGAAGCGCGACUCGUGUACCACCAGACAAAAUUCGCCAAAUCGCACACCUUCUACAAACCGCACGAGACCAAGACGCACUACGCGUUCCCCCUGAACUGGCUGGUGGCCAUAGUGACGCUGCUCGACGUGCACUCGUGCCUGCAGAUCGCGCUGGGCGCGACGACGUACGGCAUUGACUACAACGUGCGGCCGAUGGCGCUGACGGCGACGAUCCUCAGCUGCUCGAUCACGGUGAACAUCACGGCGGGGGUGCUGAUCAGCCUCGGGGGCCGGCGCACGCGCAAGAAGGACGUCGUCGAGCGCAUGUUCCGCCAGGAGCUGACGCGGGAGGCGUUCGACAAGAUCCGCGAGCGCGGCAAGAAGCACGGCGACACGGAGAAGCAGCUGAAAGCUGAGAGGGCCCUCGAGCAAGGCCGCAAAAGCGAGGCGCAGGACGACGACGCCACGAGCGAGGAGAUACGUGGUAUCCCCAUCGAGCCUACGAAGACAGAGAGCGAGUAAAAGAUGGAUAGAAAGUGGAAGGGAUAGGAUUAUAUAUAUACCCGAGCGCGCGAUGUUUUUUUUCUUUUUGUGGAGUAUACGCGGGUAAUGUCUAAUGAUUUUUGGUGGAGGGAAAAUGCACACAUACCCAGGAUUUACGAUUUAGUUUCUCUAGACUUUUAAAACGCUGUUAGACAUGACAAUUCGAAAUACUUUAUCGCCUU